CCACGGGGGCGCAGGCCCCGACCCUCCGCGUCCACCGCCCGCCGCCCGCAGCCGCCCGCCCCGCAUCCGAGCCUUUCGGCGGCGACGGGCGGAGCUGGAGUCCCGGGCCUGGGCGCCAGGUGGGCUCCUGGGACGGUGAUGAAACAGGCCCUGGUGGACGAUACGGAGGAUGUGUCCCUGGACUUUGGGAACGAGGAGGAGCUGGCCUUUAGGAAAGCCAAGAUCAGACACCCCUUGGCCACCUUUUUCCACCUGUUUUUCCGAGUGAGUGCCAUCAUCACCUACGUGUGCUGCGACUGGUUCAGCAAGAGCUUCGUGGGCUGUUUUGUCACGGUGCUGCUCCUCCUGUCCCUGGACUUCUGGUCUGUGAAGAAUGUAACCGGAAGACUCCUGGUGGGCCUGCGAUGGUGGAACCAGAUAGAUGAAGACGGGAAGAGCCACUGGAUCUUUGAAGCCAGGAAGGUCUCUCCAAAUAACAUCGCUGCCACAGAAGCGGAAGCACGAAUCUUCUGGCUGGGCCUCAUAAUCUGCCCCAUGAUAUGGACUGUAUUUUUUUUUAGCACCUUAUUUUCCUUGAAGCUAAAGUGGCUGGCGCUGGUGGUUGCUGGGAUCUCUCUCCAAGCUGCAAACCUGUAUGGCUACAUCCUUUGUAAGAUGGGAGGCAACAGUGACAUCAGCAAGGUCACAGCCAGUUUCCUGUCCCAGACGGUGUUCCAGACGGCCUACCCAGAGGACUUUCAGAAGCCUGGCCUUGAGGGGUUGGAGAUUCACCAACAUUAGAAGUUUCCCCUGACAAAUGUCCUGUCCAUCAAUCCCAUCUCGUCAGAGCUGACCUGUGGCAGAGGUGCAAGCUGGCAGGAAUGGCUGUGCCCCGGCUGCUGCAAGCUCCCCACCCAGUCACAUCCAUUCAUGCGGCCUGCCUGCCUCCAGGGACCUUUGAGGGCAGCUCUCAGCACCACUUCUGGUCACUGCAAAAGCUGCCUGGUGAGUGUUUUAUAAUGCUGGGGAAGGCUGAGAAAGCAGCUAUACUUUUCUAUAUUUUGUCGGGGAAAUCACAUGCCAGAGAAGCAUUUAGGGAUGUGGGAAGAAGGGAAGAAGGAGUUUGGGACCCAGCCUCCCGGGUGCAGGGGGUCUCUGGGGUUUUCCAGGGCCGUUCCCAUCCUCCGAGUGUUCCUCGCACCCCUUCCCCACUUCCUCAUGGCAGCCGCCCCAGCACUGUCCUGGCUCCCGCUUUCUGUGCAGCCCCUUGGCAGUCCUGUCCAUGCCUCGUGGCUUCAACACUUGCCUGCAUGGACACAAACCAACCUCUCCUGACUGACCCCAGAGCCUGCUGACAACCUGAGCCCCCUCACCUCUCAGCCGCAGCACCCCUGAGGGCCCGGCCUGGCUCCUGCUUCACUGUCUCUGAGGGACGGACCCUCCUCCGGGUGGCUUGUACCGGCAGUGGGGACAACUUCGACCAUCAGAUCCUGUCACUUUCUCUCUUGUGUGUCCCCUCCUUUCUACACCAACACCAGAACCCAGGGCCUUAUCCUGAACUCUGACCGCAGGGCAGCCACCCUUGUGCCUCCUGAUCCCAGGCACGGGACACUGACACUCAGUGAUGAUGACACUUAGCCGUUUCCCACAGGCUCCCAUUCUCCCCUUGAGCUCCCCAUGCAGGCCUGGCCCUCCGCCAGGGCACCCCAGAUGGCCUCCGCUCUCCCCGCCUCCAGGCUCCCACCCUCCAACCCUCCUCACAAAUACUCGGCCUCCACCCUCCCCCCGGACCAUUCUGGGAACGUGGCCCCGGCUCACAGGUCAGUGAUCUGUGUCCCCUGGAGCCACCCCUCUACUGAGCGCCCUCCUCAGUCCCCUGCCACCACCGCCCUCACCAACUUCUAGCCUGUUCUUACAGGCCUCACCCAUUUGCCUGAGGCCUGCUUGCUCCCGCUGCCUACCCGCAGGGGUCUCGGCUUUUCUCCCGGAGGCCUCUAGGGGUGCCAGCUGGAGGGUGGGUCUGGCUCCAGUGCCCCACUGACCUUCUUCCUUCCAUCAUCCCUCUCCGUAGCUACCCGCUGUCAUGCCUGACCCAUGACUGUGGGACUGACCGAGGAGUGAGGUCCCGCCCCAU